AUGUUAGAAUCAAUUGGUAAAGGAGGACAACGGCGUAUUACAAAUAUUCUCAAUUACAUUGUACCGUUAUAUAUAGAACGAGGAAUCUUAACUCCUGAGACAUUAACUUUAUACAUUAGAAUUUCAGGUGAUGGACGCAAUGUUGGUCGCAAGGUUAAACAUGUUAUGGUAACAAUGACAUUAUUAAAUGACCUUAAUGGUUUACAAAAACCAGAUAACAAUUAUACAUUAGUCUUAUAUCCAGGAGCUGAAUCAUAUGAAUCUCUUAAAAAUGCCCUAACUCCUUUAAUUUCUGACUUGUCUAUAUUAAAAGAAAAAGGAUUUGAUCAAAUAGGAGGUAAUCACUGGCCGGUUGAACUAUUUUUUAGUUCAGACUGGAAAUUUCUAUCAAUAUGUCUAGGAAUAAAAGCCGCUAACGCUCAACAUUUCUGUCCAUGGUGUGAUUGUAGUAAAGAUGAAAUUAACACUACAACAAAAACAAUAAAUAAGUCAAUGGAUGAGAUUAAAGAUAAUUAUAAUCAAAUUAAUGGUCAUAUUAAAAAACCACUAUUUUAUAUGAUACCUUUACAAAACUGGGUAUGUGACGAAUUACAUGUUUUUUUACGAAUAACAGACAGAUUAUGGGAAUUGAUGCUUUCUGAUCUUCGUCGUGAAACAACAAAUGAAGAAAUUUGGAAAGAAAAAAUAUUAUUAGAAAUGCAGAGACUUAAGAUAACAUUUCAAUUUUGGCGUGAAAAAAAUAGUAACAAUCUAUCAUAUACUUCCCUUAUGGGACCAGACAAGUUAAAAAUCCUGAAAGAAUUUAAUCUUAUUGCCAUUUUUCAGUCAACAGAAAGAGCUAUACAAAUCCAAGAAUUAUGGAAUCAAUUUAAUGAACUGUAUAUCUUGAUGCAAAACAUGCAAACUACAGGUGAAACUUUUCAUUAUAAGGCUCAAACUUGGCUAAAUGCAUUUUUAGCUCCUUCUAAAGGACAUCCCAACAGGAGUAAUUUUGUUAGAGGAAUGUAUCGAAUUCAAGAUGUAACUCCCUAUAUUCAUGUAUUGGUUAAUCAUGUAGCAGAGUUUAUUGAAAUUCAUCAUGAGUUUGGAUUAACUGCUUUUUUAUGUUCAGCGGUGGAAAAGAAAAACCACAUGCAAGUGUGCCUUUAUUUUCGAAACACAUUAAAAGAUGGGGAACACGAGAAUUCACGAAAAUCUGCAAUUGUAGAAAUGUUAGAACAUGAAAUCAGCAAUUAUAUUUUGCGUUAA